AUGAAAUGGCUUUCGACGGCUGUGCUGCCGGCCCUUGCAGCUGCAGCAUUAUCUCCGCCUUCUGUCACCAUCGAUGCUGGCACCGUUGAAGGUGGACGAUGUGAUGGAAAAAAUGCAGUAUUCUACAAAGCAAUUCCCUUUGCGGAACCUCCAGUUGGCAAGCUACGCUUCGAACCUCCGCAGGCCUACAAGAAGCAAUUCCCUCAAGGCAAACUGAAUGCAACCACCUCGGCCCUUACCUGUAUUCAAUUCUCGGAUGCCUUUACACCGCCAAAACUGAGUUCAUCUGCGCUUUCGUCCGAAGAUUGUCUUUACUUAGAUGUUUGGGCUCCUUCUGACGCUACCAAAGACUCAAAGCUUCCAGUCAAGGUUUGGAUCUACGGUGGCUCAAAUACAGAGGGCUCAAUCUCUGACCCCUUGUACGAUGGCUGUAACACUGCAGACGGAGGCUCCAUUCUUGUCUCGGUCAAUUACAGGCUUGGCCCCCUUGGCUUCAUGGCUCUUGAAAGCGCCGGUAUCUAUGGUAAUCAGGGGAUUCAAGAUCUCCUUCUUGGAUUGCAGUGGGUCCACGAUAAUAUCGAGGCCUUUGGCGGUGACCCGGAAAAAGUUCUUCUCUUUGGUCAGUCGGCCGGUGCUGAGAGUGCAUACAUCAUUGCUUCUCUUCCUCAAGCCCCGACUUUGAUCAAGAGUGUGAUCUCGGAAUCGGGAGGUGGUAGGAGCUUAACCUUGAAUGCAACUCAGCAGAAAGUUGGUGCAUCAUACGCGAAAACACUUCAAUGCAGCUCUAGUGAUAAAACAUGUCUGCAAUCUAAGACUGUCUCAGACCUGGUUAGCGCGAACGCAAAUGAUACUUUCCUAUAUGAGGGAAUUGGUUACUAUGGUAUCGAGGGCUCUCUCAGUGUUCUCAGUGAGGGGACUCACAAUUUCUAUCCCUAUGUGGACGGUAAAGUCAUCGACGAGGACCCCUACAACCGCGGGGUACAAGUUCCAGCAGUCUUUGGAUCCAACUCCGCUGAAGCCAUCGUCUACACUUUGCAAUGGGCCAUCGGUGCCCAAACAGUUCCCACAAUGUCGAUAUACCGAGAGUUCCUUCGCAAAAACUUCGGUGCAGCCGCCUCGCUCGUUGGCAAGUAUUACCAACCAUCUCUCUUCGAAUCCGAGGCCAGCGCUCUUUUAGCGACCGGUGGGUCUGCCGCAAUUAGCGGCAAUAAGACUUCGCUUGAAAUCUUCUUGGCGAUGACCCAGGUCAUCACCGACUCCACGUAUAGAUGUCCAGCAUGGUACGGAGCGGCACAAGCAGCACGCAACAACAUCUCCGCAUGGACUUACGAAUUCACUCACAACCCCACCUGUACCUGGCUUUACACAAUUUCCGAGGAUGAGGUUUCCUACGUUGGUGGAGCUCACACUUCUGAAAUACCGUUCGUGUUCGGGAAUCUGGACAAUUCAUAUCUUCCUAACGGAACUUGCAAUUCUACAUCCGCUGAGUAUCAGCUCGGUGCGCAAAUGAUGGAUGCAUGGACUGCAAUGGCGAAAAAUGCCGAUCCGUCGACUGAGGCUGUAAAUUGGCCGCAAUUCCAGAAUACAAAGAAUCUGUCGACUCCUGGGAUGGUCUUUGGGAACUCGUCUGUUCCUGGAACUAUCAGUUACGAAUAUUGUGAUAUAUGGAUUCAGGUCAACAAGAUACUGUCUGCUUCUAAUGCUACAGCUACUGGGACGUCGCCCAAGAGCAGUGGUAAUGCUACUACGUCUUCGUCGACUUCAACCAUGGCGAAUGGUGCAUCGACUGUUCUGUCAACCACUGGGAGCUUUCUUGCUUUGACUGCGCUGUUAAUGGGACUGGCUGCAAUCUACUAG